AGUUAAAAAUGUACAUGACUUUUAAUGAUAUUGAUCAAAGGAAAGGGAGGUAAGCAAAUGUCAUAAUAUCAGCGUAAGUUCAAGGACGUAGUUUUUUUUUUGACCAUUAAUCAGUGAUGGCAACAAAUCACGGAAUAGCUGAAAUAAACCUUGGCAAUAAUUUUGAAGAUGAAGCUUUACAAACGUUCCUGCAUGAUGUAGAAAAAAUGAUUGUUGAAGAAUCAUUGGUGAAAGGUACAUCCAGGGAAACACGUGUUACAAAUUUCAGACAACCAGAAGAAUUGAAGGAGAUCUUGAAGCUGUCCAUUGAAAGAUCUCCAUGUAGUUAUCAAGAACUACUAGAAAUAUGCAAAAAAGUAAUUACUUAUUCAGUCAAAACAGGUAACCCUAGGUUCUUUAACCAGUUGUAUAGUGGUAUGAACGUAUUUGGUCUUGCUGGCUCAUGGGUCACUGAAUCUUUGAACACCAAUAUACAUACAUACGAAACGUCCCCUGUGUUUGUAUUGAUUGACAACUUUAUCAUUGAGAAGAUGUGUAAUAAAGUCGGAUUUGAGGCCGGCGAUGGUCUCUUCUGUCCAGGCGGUGCUUUCUCGAACAUCAUGGCAUUAAAUAUAUCAAGGUACAAAUGUUACCCUGAGGUGACGUCAGAGGGUGUAUAUGGAGCUAAACGUAUGAAAAUAUAUGUUUCUGCCGAGGGUCAUUAUUCCAUUACUAAAGGUGCUAUGUUUCUCGGCAUUGGGUCAAAGAGUGUAGUGAAAGUAAAAACAGACGACAGGGGGGUAAUGAUCGCAGACGACCUGGAACGCCAGAUUGUACGAGAUAAGGAAAACGGUGAGCAGCCUAUAUGUGUCGUGGCAACUUCUGGAACAACUGUGCUCGGAUCAUUUGAUCCACUGGACGCUCUUGCAGACAUUUGCGACAAACACGGCGUCUGGCUACAUUGUGAUGCAUGUUGGGGCGGAAGUGCACUCUUGUCAGAAAAACAUAAGCAUCUAUUAGAUGGAAUACACAGGACUUCGUCUGUAAGUUGGAACAUGCACAAGCUUACAGCAACGCCGAUGCAAUGCUCAUUAUUUCUUAUAAAAGAAAAGGGUUUGUUAGAAGAAUGUAACAGAUUUAAUGUUGAAUAUCUUUUUCAACCAGACAAAUGUUACGACACGUCAUACGAUAUAGGUCAUAAAACUGUGCAGUGUGGACGUAAGGCUGAUUCCCUGAAAUUAUGGUUGAUGUGGAAAGGUCUUGGAGACGCCGGAAUGUCUGCUAUUGUGGACAAAGCAUUUGAAAAUGCAAGAUAUUUUACAAGCAAAAUCAGAGACAGGGAAGGAUUUCGACUUGUUCUUCCCGAGUUUCAGUUGACGAGUGUAUGUUUUUGGUUCAUCCCGAAAUCUUUGAGAGGCCGCGAAGAGACAACCGAGUGGUGGGAUGCGGUGUCCAAGGUUGGUCCAAAGAUUAAAGAGAAAAUGCUAUAUGAGGGAACUAUUUGAUAAUUGAUAAACUCCUAUCCUGUUUCAGGUUGGUCCAAAGAUUAAAGAGAAAAUGCUAUAUGAGGGAACUAUUUGAUAAUUGAUAAACUCCUAUCCUGUUUCAGGUUGGUCCAAAGAUUAAAGAGAAAAUGCUAUAUGAGGGAACUAUUUGAUAAUUAAUAAACUCCUAUCCUGUUUCAGGUUGGUCCAAAGAUUAAAGAGAAAAUGCUAUAUGAGGGAACUAUU